AUGGAAGACUAUGUGGACCUCGCACCUAUUCACAUCUUCCUGUCCAAGAAUCUGGUUCUUACGCUUCUUGAUGAAACUUACCACUCCAUCCAUGUAAAGACUAAGAAGAAGAAGGGUAUUAUUGUGUCUUAUGUUCCUCUGUUGCAUACAUGGUUUAUUUAUCACAUGUCCAACAAGGGUCCUUUCCUCGAGAACAAAGGCAAUCUCAAGUGGUCUCAAAGGAUCAUGUCUCUAACUGCUAAAGAUAUUCGGUGGUACUAUAGAGCUUAUGAUGAUGUCAAGUUCAUCCUUAAUUAUGGAAAUAUCCCCAAUGUGCCCCUCAUAGGUACAAAAGAUGGACUUAACUAUAAUCCAAGGUUGGCAUUAUGUCAGUUGGGUUACCCGUUGCUAUGCAAGCCAAAUCCCGAGCAUGUGGAGGAGUUUAUUUUGUAUGAAAGGGUUGACAAUAUAGAGCUGCUAAAUAAUAUCGUCAGAGCUUGGAGGGAGGUUCGUCUUCAAGGAAGAUCUGAGUUAAGGAAAAAGAAUUGCAUCGCCAAGGAAGCUUAUACACAUUGGGUCAAGGACAGGUUUGAAGAAAUUAUAUUUCCAUUUUCAUUUGAUCCAUCUACGAACAUCCAACAUCCUAUGCUUACAGUUUUUCCUACCUCCAAGGUUAAACUCAAAGAGAGUAUCAAGAGAUUAGAUAAAGAGAAGGUCGAUAUCCUAUCAAACCUUGGUAGUCUUACGAGGGAGAAAGAAGACUUGGAGCUUAACCUUAACCAGAAGAGAGUAAUGACAUCCCAAGAAGUUGAGGGAGCCCAAGAGGGGCAGUUCAAGAGGAGGAAAGUAGGUGACACAUUAAAAGGGACUAUUGACAGCCUGUUUGCCAAGAAGAAACAGCUCGUAGACGCAUGA